AUGAAUUCCAUUAUAGAACUGCUGAAAAGUAUGGACACUACCAUGUUUGUGGCAUCGAUCGUUUUGGCCAUCUUGGUGAUCGUAGUGACCUCAUUAAUGGUCCAGAAGACACUAUUCAAACGGAAUAGCAGGAACUUCGUUAUCGUGGGUCCGCCCCAAAGUGGAAAAACAAAUCUUUUCCAAAGACUUACCACGGGAAAACUCCCCGUACUCACGGUGACGUCGAUACAGCCCAACGUGGGCCCAUUGAAGGUGGAUAAUUCACAGUAUGGAGAAAACUUUUCAGACGUCAUUGUUAGCGACUAUCCGGCAAGCUCCAAGAUGAAGAAUCUCUACUUGUAUCCAUUUUUGAGUGAUAAUAUUAGCAGCUGUAGAGGAAUGGUAUACAUAAUAGACGCGUCUGCAUUUGAUGCCGAGUACUGCCACUACGUUGCCAACGACUUGUUGACUCUUCUACCGAUUACCGAGUCGAUUCCAAAUGGUGUCGAUCUCGCCAUUUUCUGUAAUAAAUGCGACUAUUUUACGAGCAGAAAACCCGCGAAAAUUCAUUUGAUGCUCGAACAGGAAAUUACUAAGCUAUAUGGGCUCAAGCUAAGGAACUUGGAAAAGGUGUCUGAAUCCGCCGAGGAUAUGGGAGUAGAGCUGGAAGAUUCACUUAAUACUGCUUUCAAUGGUGGCCAGUUCAAGUUCGAAAUGCUCGAAGGUAACGUUGAUUUCUUAGAAGGCAAUGUUUUCAAGGAUAAGAUCGACAGUCUCAUCGAUUGGUUCUGUGAAAAGACCGCCAAUUAA